AUGUUGCCGACUCCAGUGACGGAUUCACUCAAGUUUCCCGAGUUUGUGGAUGUUUACUCACCGGCAGAAGAUUCAUUUCUUUUUCUGGAUGCUUUGGAAAAGGAUAUUCAUUUUAUCAGAACCUUCGUUAAUCCAGCCCUAUCGAUAGAAGCAUGCAUGGCAUCAAAGUCCGUGUUCUCAGAAAAUUCUUCACGUUAUCCUCUUGACUCUGUUUGUGCUGAUUUACUUUCCACAGUGAGGCAAACCCCGGGCGGACUUGCUGACAUUUUACUUUUUAACCCGCCAUAUGUGCCGACGGAUAGUAGUGAACUGGCUUCAGCCAAAUCCUCUCUUACAGCCGCGUGGGCAGGUGGCAACCAUGGUCGAGAGGUAAUCGAUAGGUUCAUUCGACAAUUUGCCCCAAUUAUCGCCAAAUCUGGCGUACUUUACCUCCUCCUCGUUCGUGAAAACAAACCUGACGAGGUGAUUAAGCUUAUUAGCGACUCAUCGAAUGGACGGUUUUCAAAGGCGAUCUGUGUUCUUCAGCGCCGAUGUCGAAAUGAGCACCUCUAUGUUUAUCGCUUUUUCGAUCCUUCUUUCUAUCCCCACUAUGACAAGGAUUAA